GUUGCGGAGAGCGCGCGCGCGCGCGGUAGUCGCAUGAUUUAUAGCCGUCGAUCGCGAUAUUAAUUCCGGUCGGCCGUGCCCACGCCCGGCCCGGCCCCGUUACUCCGGAAAAGAAAUAAUGGAAAGAGAAAAAAAAAAAAAAAAAAACCACAACACAACGCGACAAGAAUCCUGCGACGCGUCAAUAAACCACGCGGGCCGCCUUACAACCCGCGCCACUAAUGCCGCACUACCACCGACUAUUACACUGCAGGUACGUUAUAAUGAUAUUAUAUACACGGUACUAUACACAGCAGAGUAUGUUACGGUAUCGCGUAUGCCGUGACGUGCGCGACGCUGUGUACCCGCGUGUUGUACCCGGUGUACACCGGACGCGCGCUCGGUAACACGACGGUACGUGCGCGCCAGUGAUAUACGACCGCCGCCGCCGCGUACCGGUACGCGGUACUCCGGUUGCCGCGUAUAAUUCGCGUGUCGGAACGAGCGGGCGCGCGCGCGUAUCCUCCCGCGCGCGUGUUUUACACGCGUAUCGUUUCGUCGCGCGGUCCGCGGCGGGUACGGGCCGCGGCGACGACGGGUACACGAAAAUGUACACGGGUUUUUACUUAGCCAUUUUUUUUUUUUUUUAUACGAUAUUGUCAUUAUUAUUGUUAUUAUUAUUAUUAUUAUCGCGUAACGAGUAUUGCCGCGAGCGCGGCUUCCCUCCUACGCGGACGUUUUUCCACCGCCUUUUCGCGCGCCGCCGCCGCCGCCGCCUUCCGUUCACCGCGUCCGCCGCCAACAACACCGCGGUCGUCGCGCGUUCGCGAGAAACGACCCGGAUCGCCACCGCCGUCACCGCCGCCGCCGCAAUUCGAACGAAUAACACACGACCGCGUUACUACGAAAUUUCGGCCCGGCAACGGUACUUUCGACGGACCUUUUCAGGGGUGUCGAAAAUUCACCCGAAGACAAUAACUCCACGUUAUUGGAGGGUGGUUAUUUUGGUCGUUGUGGAGUCGAUUUCGUUUUCUCGGGCCGCAGUCACCUUAUAAUAUGUUAAUUUUCCGAACGCAUUCCAGAACGUAUAAAUCGAAUUGGUAAAUUAACGGGUUUUCUCGGUGGACUUGCAUAAAUAACACGGGCAAACUGUGUAUAAAGUACAGUAGAAGCCGCUUAUUGGGAACGCUUUUAGACCAAGAUGAAAUGUAUCAGUUAACCGAUUGUUUCUAACAAGCGAUUGGUUUUAUUUGCUAUGAAAAAAAAAAAAAUGUAUGUUUAAUAAAAAUAUAUCUAUUAUAAAAAUAAUAAACUAUUUUAUUUUUCAUGUAAAAUAUUUAUGUAUCGACGUCUGUUUUUUUUUUCUUCGAAUAAUUUGAUGACCAUGCUUUUAUAAGAAUAACGUUGCUAAAAGCCGAAACACUAACCACCUCUUUACGUACGCGUACUGAAGCCGAACUAAAAAAAUAACAGUAAAGAGCUUAGUAGGUACUGUACUCACGAUAAAGAACAAUAAAAGUAAACGAAAUUAAUUGAUCAAGUGGAAUUCAUUAUCGAUACGCUGUACGCCGUAUGUUUUAAUAUCCGGCCGGUUCGUCCCUAGACAUUUUGUUUCAAUAACAUGAUUGUAUCAAUAAUCCGUGUUCCUAAUAAUCGGAUUCCACUGUAUAUGUAUCGAAAUUUGGAUUGAAGAAAACAAUUUUAACAAUUAGAUUGUGUAACGAACUUUGUGUGUGUGUUUUUUUUAAGAGGUACGAAUGGUACGAUAGAUAUAUGAUAAAUCUUUAGUUUAUUCUAUUCGUCUAGCAAUGACCCCACCACCGUGCGCGCGUUUAGCCUUUGAACUGAAACGUUAAACAUCGGUCUGUCUAUUAUUAUUCGUUCUGCAGGUUUGUAAUCACAAGUAAGACGAAUGCGUUCGAUACGGUUGUGUUUAAUUUACCUGCGUUUUGAGCACGUGUUCAAAGCGACUUAUAAUAUUGUAACGAGUCGAAGGUCCUCGAAAUAUAUACCUAAUCAAAAAGAUUGAUUGUGUUCGCUAACAAUCGAUUAAACACUAAUUUAACUACCUAUUAUUAUUAUAACAUAAUUUAUUUUGUAAUCUCAAAAUAUUAUUGAAAUAAUAUACCUGCACAAUAAAUGUUGAUGUUUAUUCGUUUUUUGAUUAGUGGUUUAUUUCUUAACAGGUUUUAGAAAUUUUCGAUCACGAUUCAAAGGACGCUAAUGAGUUCAACGAAGUCGUGUCAGAAAAAACAAUGCCAAUAAUAUCCAAAUUCUCAAGUCUUCAAGUCUUUAUGUACUUUGUUGGUUUUAUAGUGCGAAUUCCAUUUUGUGUUAUUUUACGUGAUUUUACAAAAUUAUUAAAUGUUAAUAAUUUGUAAUAUACCGCCGAG